UUGUCCUUAAAGUGCCUUUUUGAUUCUUUCACACUUCUUCCAAAAUGUUAUCCUGGUUCACUAGCUGUAUAGCCAUCAGUCCACAAUCUGCUGUUGCCCCUGAAAAAGCACCACCCGUUCCUACCAUGGCAGAGCCGUAUCCCGAAGUUCAACGACCCAGCACUUUAUAUAUGCUAAACCGGCAAUCAUCUUUGGUUCGAAACUCUGUAAUACCUCCUCCUCCAUCACACAAUCGAGUCUCAAAACGACCACUUCAUCUCAUGCCUAACGCAUGAGCUGCAUUUGAAACCAUUGAGGAUCAGCUACAAUGAUGGCAUAUUCUAUAUCAAAGCUUGACGCACGAGUUAUCGUUGUGCCAAGCCUAAUUUUGGCUCAUUGGCGAUUCACUGUUGUAUAAUUGAAAAAAAUAAUUUUGUAAUGGCAUAAUUAUCCACUCCGGCACCACCAACGUGCUGGCGCUGUUACAUGUGUCUAUACAAAUUUUACUGACGUGACAAAAGAUAAUAAAAAAACUCAUAUCUUUAUUCCUAUA